UAGCUAUUAAUGCAGCCUAGUUUGCAGCGGAGGAGAUUUAUAUCGGGUGGGAAGUUGAGCAUGGAAGGAGACUUCUUGGAAGAGAAGGCGGCCGUGGCCAUGGGGGAAGAGGACAGGUACGACGAGGAGGUCCGAGCCUGGAGCUGGGGCGCGGCCUCCGAUGGCCAGCUCGGGACGGGCACCCUCGAGGACCAGCUUUUCCCCCAGCCCCUCCUCAACUUCCCACCCCUCUCCUCCGCCGCCGCCGCACGUCGCAUCGCCCAAAUAGCUUGCGGUGGCGCCCAUUCAAUCGCCUUAACCGGUGAUGGUAGGGCACUGACAUGGGGGAGGGGUACAUGUGGUCAACUCGGUCACCAAGAGCUGUCAAACUGCUUGCUGCCAAAGCCUGUAAAGUUCCUUGAAAGCUUUACUAUAACCUAUGUCUCUGCUGGAUGGAAUCACUCUGGCUUUGUUACAGAUACAGGACAACUCUUUAUGUGUGGGGAUGGCUCAUUUGGGCAGCUUGGAAAUGGAGAUCAUCAAUCACAUGGUUCCCCUGUUGAAGUCUUAUUUUUUUCUUCAAAGCAUGUUGAGCAAAUAGCAUGUGGGAUGCGCCAUUCUCUUGCACUGGUGUCUGAUGCAGGAUCAUCGGGCAGUUCAAUCUACGGUUUUGGUUCUGGGAGACAUGGGCAGAUCGGUAUGUUUGAAUCUGGAACCCAGAGAUCACAUAAUUUUCCCAAAGUUAUUGAAGGAUUUGAGAAUUGUGAAGUUGUUAGUAUAUAUGCCAAUGGAGACCAUAGUGCUGCAUUGUCUGCUGAUGGUCGGUUAUACAUUUGGGGCAGAAGAUUCAGUGGAAGAUCGGAUGAUCACACUCCUCAAAUUUCGCCUUCACCUUCGAGGAUCACUCAAGUUGCUCUGGGAUGGAAUCAUGCUUUAGUAUUAACUGAUAAUGAACUGUAUAUGUUUGGUGGGUAUCGCCAUGGGAUGCUCAGUGGUUCUCCCCAGAUGAGCCCAAUGCAGCAGACACUGGUUCCAUGUGCUCAAGCACGGACUCUGGAGAGGGUACCUUGUCUUGAUGAAAAUGUUGUGCGCAUUGCAGCUGGUGCCGAGCAUUCCGCUCUUAUAACAGAGAAAGGAACAAUCAUGACAUGGGGCUGGGGAGAACAUGGCCAGCUUGGACUGGGGAACACGUAUGAUCAAACUUGCCCCCAGAGAGUUAAUAUAGACUACAAGGGAUCAAGUGCUUCUGCUCAACUAGGGAUUUACUGUGGCAGUGGAUUUACUAUUGUGGCGAAAGUAGACUAAAGAUAUUCCGAAAAUUUGUUUUCAUUCUGUAACUCUAUGGUUCAAGUAUCAGUGUCAGCUUCUGUUAUGAAAUUUUGGUUCUUAUAAUUAUUUUAUAUAAAUGACUUAUGGAGUACUCUCUCAA